AUGGAGCGGAGGAUGAAAGGCGGAUACUUGGACCAGCAAGUGCCCUACACCUUCUGCAGCAAAUCGCCCGGAAAUGGGAGCUUGCGCGAAGCGCUGAUGGUCCCGCAGGGGAAGCUCAUGGACCCGGGCUCCCUGCCGCCCCCCGACUCCGAAGAUCUCUUCCAGGAUCUCAGUCACUUCCAGGAGACGUGGCUUGCUGAAGCCCAGGUACCUGACAGUGAUGAGCAGUUUGUUCCUGAUUUCCAUUCUGAAAACUUAGCUUUCCACAGCCCCACCACCAGGAUCAAGAAGGAGCCCCAGAGUCCCCGCGCAGAGCCGGCCCUGUCCUGCAGCAGGAAGCUGCCACUCCCCUAUCACCAUGGCGAGCAGUGCCUUUAUUCCAGUGCCUAUGACCCCCCUAGACAAAUCGCCAUCAAGUCCCCUGCCCCCGGUGCCCCCGGACAGUCGCCCCUGCAGCCCUUCCCCCGGGCAGAACAACGGAGUUUCCUGAGAUCCUCUGGCACCUCCCAGCCCCACCCUGGCCACGGGUACCUCGGGGAGCAGAGCUCUGUCUUCCAGCAGCCCUUGGAUAUUUGCCACUCCUUCACCUCCUCCCAAGGAGGGGGCCGGGAAGCCCUCCCCGCCCCCUACCCACACCAGCUGUCGGAGCCCUGCCCGCCCUACCCCCCGCAGAGCUUCAAGCAGGAAUACCUGGACCCCCUGUAUGAACAGGCAGGCCAGCCCACGGUGGGCCAGGGUGGAGUCAAUGGGCACAGGUACCCAGGGGCGGGGGUGGUGAUCAAACAGGAGCAGACGGACUUCGCCUACGACUCAGAUGUCCCUGGGUGUGCAUCAAUGUACCUUCACACAGAGGGUUUCUCUGGGCAUUCUCCAGGUGACGGGACCAUGGGUUAUGGCUAUGAGAAACCUCUGCGACCAUUCCCAGAUGAUGUCUGCGUCGUUCCUGAGAAAUUUGAAGGAGACAUCAAGCAGGAAGGGGUUGGUGCAUUCAGAGAGGGACCGCCCUACCAGCGCCGGGGGGCCUUGCAGCUGUGGCAGUUCCUGGUGGCCCUGCUGGAUGACCCAACAAAUGCCCACUUCAUUGCCUGGACCGGCCGGGGGAUGGAAUUCAAACUAAUAGAGCCUGAGGAGGUUGCCAGGCUCUGGGGCAUCCAGAAGAACCGGCCAGCCAUGAACUAUGACAAACUGAGCCGCUCGCUCCGAUACUACUAUGAGAAAGGCAUCAUGCAGAAGGUGGCCGGCGAGCGCUACGUGUACAAGUUUGUGUGUGAGCCUGAGGCCCUGUUCUCUCUGGCCUUCCCGGACAAUCAGCGUCCAGCCCUCAAGGCCGAGUUUGACCGGCCAGUCAGUGAGGAGGACACAGUCCCUUUGUCCCACUUGGACGAGAGCCCUGCCUACCUCCCGGAGCUAGCUGGCCCUACCCAGGCCUUUGGCCCCAAGGGCGGCUACACUUACUAGCCCUGGCCCCGGCGCCCCUGCCGCCCUGUGUACAUAUAGAUGAAUUGGGUGUUGGGGAAACCCUCACUCUGAAACCCACAGAUAUCUUUGGAGCAGAUCCCCACUGGCCCAUCAGUCGUCCCUGCCCAGACUCUGAGUUGCUCACCAGAGUUGAUGGGAAGGAAGAAUGGAGAACGCUGCAAGUGUAAAGGUGGGGUCUAGAAGCUCCUCUGGGGGCGUCACCUCCAGCCUCUUCCCUUAGAGGCCCAAGCUGCACUCCUCUCCCCCCACACAGAGAACAAGAGUUUGCUCUGUUCUGGGAGACACAGAAGGAGCGUUCCCACUUUGUCCUGGUGGAGAGGGGCACGUUGAGCUCCCCAGAUCUCCCACUGUGGGCAGGCAGAAGCCUGGAUCCUGCACUCCGCUCCGAGCUGUGGCCCGGGAGGGUCCUGCUUGUCCAUUCUUGGUGCUCUGCGUUCCCAGAGGCAGGGGGAGGCUGGAGUAAGGAACCUGGGGUGGGGGGGGGGGGGGGGGGGGGGGGGGGGGGGGGCUGGGUUUCCUGCUU